AUGAGCACUUCAUCUUUCGGUGGCUGCGGCUCGUUCUUGGGGACUCACUUUGACCUUUCCUCAAGUGUGAGCUCAUGUGCAUUUGCAGUGGCGCGAAAAGGCUCGGAGCACAUGGAUCAUGAGGACUAUGUGGCCGAGUGCCAAGGGUUCGGCGGCUCGACUCCCCGCCACAUGCGGCUGGAUAAAAGCGAGCAAAAUGCCUCAGCCCAGCUCACAGACAUAGACAUGCUGGGCUGGAACGAGGAAGUGCAGUGGAGAGGGGAGGGACUCCGGGCUCAGCUCCAUGGGGCCGCCGCGGCGCUGCGACCUUCUGCACAUGGAGCCGGGGAGAGUUGGAAGAACUUCAUACUGCAAACUCAAGGAAUAGCAGAGUACUUGCACCGCAUGGAGACGGAGGAGGCCCAGGAAAUGGCCCAGAUGCCAGCCAGGGACAGCCCCCCUGCCAACGAAGCAUCGGAGGAGGCAGAGGAGCCCAUGGCAGUCCCCGAGGACCUGUCAGCCAGCUCCGGCCACCAGCAGAACAACCGGGGCGACAAAGCCUGUAAUAUUAAAGUUGAGGCUCGCAGUGAUGAGGAGAAUGGGCUGGCCUGUGACAUGAAUGGCGUGGAGGAGGAGGAGGAGUGCGCGGAAGACUUGCGCGUGGUCGAUGCCUCGGGGGCCAAGGUGAACGGCUCACAGCCGAGGCCCGAAGCCAAGGCCUUCUCCUCGGCCGGUGGUAUCCGGCUGCCCAACGGGAAGCUCAAGUGUGAUAUCUGUGGGAUAGUUUGCAUUGGCCCCAAUGUGUUGAUGGUGCACAAGCGAAGCCACACUGGAGAACGCCCGUUCCAGUGCAGCCAGUGCGGAGCCUCUUUCACCCAGAAGGGCAACCUGCUGCGCCACAUCAAGCUCCACUCCGGAGAGAAGCCCUUCAAGUGUCACCUGUGCAGCUACGCCUGCCGCAGGAGGGAUGCCCUCACCGGCCAUCUGCGCACCCACUCGGUGGGAAAACCUCACAAGUGCGCGUACUGUGGCCGGAGUUAUAAGCAGCGGAGCUCUCUUGAGGAGCACAAGGAGCGGUGUCACAACUACCUCCAGUGCAUGGGACUGCAAAACAGCAUCUACACAGUAGUAAAGGAAGAAAGCAACCAGAAUGAGCAGAGGGAAGACUUAAGCCAAACGGGAUCUGACAGAGCCUUGGUGCUAGACAGACUAGCUAAUAAUGUAGCUAAGCGUAAGAGCACUAUGCCACAGAAGUUUGUGGGAGACAAGCGUCUGUCAGAUCUCUCUUACGAUGGAGGAGCAGGUGAGCUGAUUCAGCCUCACGUCAUCGACCAGGCCAUCAACAGUGCCAUCAGCUACCUGGGGGCCGAGUCGCUCCGACCCCUGGUCCAGACCUCGCCGGCCUCGUCCUCGGACGUGGCGCUCAGUUCCCUCUACCCCCUGCACAAGCCGGCGCCGGACGGCCACCCGGGGGCGGGCCUGUCCGCCAAAGACAGCGCGGCCGAGAACCUGCUGCUCCUCUCCAACUCCAAGUCGGCGUCCAGCGAGAAGGACGGCUCGCCCAGCCCCAGCGGCCAGGACUCCACGGACACCGAGAGCAACAACGAGGACCGCCCGGGCGGCGCGGCGUCCGGCCUCAUCUACCUGACCAACCACAUCACCUCGGGGAUGAGGAACGGCGUGCUGCCGCUGGUGAAGGAGGAACAGCAGAGGCAGUACGAGGCCAUCCGCGCCAGCAUAGAGAUGGCCUCCGAGGGCUUCAAGGUGGUGACGGCCGACGGGGAGCAGGUGAAGGCCUACCGGUGCGAACACUGCCGGGUGCUCUUCCUGGACCACGUCAUGUACACCAUCCACAUGGGCUGCCACGGCUUCAGAGACCCCUUCGAGUGCAACCUGUGCGGCCACAGGAGCCAGGAUCGAUACGAGUUCUCCUCCCACAUCACCCGAGGGGAGCAUCGUUACUGA